GCACUUGGCGGGCAAAAUCCCAAUUUAUGGAAGCGAGAAAUGGGGAACAAGAGGUACAAACAGGUCUCAAGACUCUCAGCCAGCGACGUUGAAGAUGAGGGAGAAGCUCAAGCUCCUUCACAGCUUCCUUCGUCUUCUUCACACCCGGAAAAUCACGAGAAAAAGAAGAUGAAACUUGCGGGAGAAGAAUCUGAGAGCAACGAAAAUAAAGAUGAAGCAGUGCAAGAGGGGGCGAAGCCGAUCGGAGAAGUAAUCAAGUUUACUGGCAAAGGCAGAGGACGGCGACCCCAUUACAGUGCUUUCGAGUUCGAUGGGAAUCGAUUCGAUUUGGAAGAUCCAGUACUUUUAACACCCGAGGAUGCAGAUCAGAAGCCUUAUGUUGCUAUCAUUAAGGAUAUUGAACAAACCAGUGAUGGGAGUGUGAUGGUUACUGGUCAGUGGUUCUAUCGUCCUGAGGAGGCAGAAAAAAAGGGUGGAGGAAGCUGGGAACCACGUGAUACUAGAGAGCUGUUCUACAGUUUCCAUCGAGAUGCUGUUCCAGCGGAAUCUAUAAUGCACAAAUGUGUGGUGCAUUUUGUGCCCUUGAACAAGCAGCUUCCUCAACGCUCACGGCAUCCUGGUUUUAUCAUCCAAAAAGUGUAUGAUAUUGUGGAGAAAAAACUUUGGAAAUUAACAGAUAAAGACUAUGAGGACAGCAAGCAACAUGAAAUUGAUCUUCUAGUUCAGAAAACUAAAGAGCGUCUAGGAGAACUUCCUGAUGUUGAGCCUGAAGAUGCCCCUGCUGAACAGGAAGAGCCAUUGAAGAAUAAACGUUCCCUCAGAAAGAAAAAUAUCUCUCCUCUUGAUGUGUCAAGGGAAGAUGAUGUGGCCACCAGGUCCAGCCUAAAAACAGAAACACCAGGAAGUGCUGUCAAUGAGGCUUCGGAGUUUUAUUUAAUAUUAACAAACUUCAAGGCUUUAACUGGAGAAUCAUACCGUGACAAAUGUUUGGAGAGACUUCUCCAAGCAGUUCAGUAUGUAUCCAACCCAAAGGGUAAUGUGCAGGUGGAUGAUAAAGAAAAAGCUGGGCCUGUAUCCACUGAAAAUGGCAACAAUCUCACAGAAACUACAGAUGGCUCUCAGGAGAGUAUGAAGGGUGAUGGAGCUAUGCGCUGGCCAGAUGCUGCUGUGUUAGCGGUAACUGCUCUUGAGAGGGUCUCACAUGAAACUCUUGCCUCUGAUUUUACGAAGUAUAACCAAAAGAUGAGACAGCUAGUAUUCAACCUUAAGGUUCACAAUGCGAUGUUAGCCAGACGUCUGGUAAAAAGAGAGUUGGAACCUUCAACAAUUCUUAACAUGUCACCUAAUGAACUAAAGGAUGGUUUUACAGCAGAAGAAACUGCAAAGAAGCCUGAAGAAUCCGAGCGCAUGCAGAUUACAGAUGCUCGAUGUUCAAGAUGCACGGAGAAGAAAGUGGGUCUAACAGAUAUUAUCCAAGGAGGAGCACGUGGUGACCGCUAUCAGUUGCAAUGUACUGCAUGCGGUAAUACAUGGUUUGCUUUUCGAGAUGAAGUCUCUGCACUGACAAUAGAAGCGAGCAAGUGAUGUUGGGAGUGGGCACUGCACCGUGGGCCACUGCCAAGUUUUAAAAUGUUGAG